ACAAAAGCCAAAGUAACCUACACAUUUUACAUGUAACAUUUCACUACAUCUUACCUCCAGACUGAAUAAGGUAAAAUUGAUGCAUGCUUAUGUGAAGCAGCUAGUGAAGAUGUGUCUCCCUAGUAUCUUCAUUGUUACCCUGUUGACCCUCUCAAUUCCUGCUGUCCAUGGUGGGAAAGUCCUGGUGUUUCCUCAAGACGGCAGCCACUGGGUCAACAUGAAGGUCAUUAUUGAAGCGUUGCAUUCAAGAGGUCACAGUGUGUCAGUAGUACGGCCAUCAGCCAGCUGGUACAUCAAGGAGACCUCCCCUCACUACAGUUCAAUCACAAUUGAUAUUCCAGGUGGAGCUGAUGAGGAAUUCUUUCGCUCAUUUGUGUCAAGACUAAUACAGAUAAAGAGAGAGGGAAACUCUGCUUGGACUCGUUUUAGUUUGGACAUGGAGUUGAAGAAUGGGUUUUUUGAAAUCCACCGCAAAGUGUGUGAGAUGGUAAUCAAAAUGUUAGAGAAUAAACAGUUGAUGCAGUCUAUUAGAGAAACCAAGUAUGACUUGGUUCUGACAGACCCAUUAAAUGGGGGAGGCGUUGUGCUGGCACACUAUUUAAAUGUGCCCCUUGUUUUCAAUGUUAGAUGGACUAUAGCUGGUGAGGGUCAUUUUGUUAUUGCUCCCUCUCCGCUAUCUUAUGUUCCAAUUCCUGCUGCAGAGUUAACAGACAAGAUGAGUUUUUUUCAGAGGGUCCGUAACAUCCUUGUUUAUGUCAUCAGGCAGUAUCUGUACAGACAGACAGUGGGGCCUCAUUAUUCCGCUUUGGUUAGUCGUUACUUUGGUCCUGAGGUCGACUACUUCUCAUUGUUUCAAGCUGCUGAUUUAUGGCUCAUGAGAGUUGACUUUGUGUUUGAGUUCCCUCGUCCCACCAUGCCUAAUGUUAUCUAUAUGGGAGGGUUCCAAUGUAAACCUGCCAAGCCUCUUCCCCAAGAACUGGAGGAGUUUGUUCAGAGUUCUGGGGUGCAGGGCAUCAUUAUCAUGUCUUUGGGGACUUUAAUUGGACAACUUCCACAUGAUAUAGCUGAUGAGAUAGCUGCUGCUUUUGCCCAACUGCCUCAGAAGGUAAUCUGGAGGUACAAAGGAGAAAGGCCAGCUACUCUGGGAAACAACACCUUACUAGUUGACUGGAUGCCUCAGAAUGAUCUGUUAGGACACCCUAAGACAAGGCUGUUUGUAGCUCACGGAGGAACAAAUGGGAUUUUCGAGGCUAUCUACCACGGUGUUCCAAUAGUAGGCCUUCCUCUAGUGUUCGACCAACCUGACAAUCUUUCUAGAAUGAAAGUGAAGGGUGUAGCAAAGGUUGUGGAUUUAGCAACACUAGAUAGAAACAUAUUCUCCCAGGCCUUACAGGAAGUUCUGAAUGAGCCAUCCUACAGGACGAACAUGCAGAGACUCUCCAGGCUACACAGGGACGUGCCAAUGGAGCCCCUGGACACUGCCCUCUUCUGGAUUGAGUUUGUCAUGAGACACAAAGGUGCUGCUCACCUGCGUACUGAGUCCUACAGAAUGCCCUGGUACUCGUACCACUCUGUAGAUGUAAUGGUGUUUUUACUGGCUGUUGUGUUAUUUACUCUGCUGGUUUUCAUUGGCAUUAUCAGAUGUUUCUGUUGCAGGUCAUAUUUGAAAAUUAAAAUGAAAGAGGAAUGAUUAUGGGUUUCAUCUGUACAUAGUGUGGUACAACAAUAUGUUUUUACUUGUUGUCUCACUCAUUAUACUGUUUCUUCAAAUGACAAAUAUAUGUGGCAUUUAUGUAGGCAUACAGUAUUGUUGACAGAUGUUUUAUCUAUUUGCUUUUUGAAGAUUUUGCUAAACUAACAACUGUACUUUAACUGUUCAGCCCAUUUAAUCAAAGGUUUGAAUAGGAAAGUCCAAAUGUGCACUUUAAAAUGAAUGCUGUUAUAGUUGUGUGUAGCUGCUUUCUUUGUGUGUAAAAGUUAAACUGAUGUAGAUGUUGAUUCUCCAGAAGACCGUUAAGGAGCUCUAACUUUUAAUAAAGAUAUCAUGCAGCUUAGAUGUUUGCCAACAACACCUUGUCCCUCAUUGGUUUGUUCUUUUUUUCAAUUGCGGAGGUCAUUUCAAAAGAACAAAGAACUUUCAGUUUGUCGUUAUACAAACUUUAACCACAACAUCAUUCUUCAUUCAUUCAAGAAGGGUUGAUAAUUCAGAGGUAAUAUGAUCCU